AGAUAAAUUUAGAGUAUUAGGGUUUUUUUGAGCACAACAUUCGAUCACAACAAAAUGGUCUACAUAUUUUUUGUCCAACCUGGGGACAUGAUGACGUUUGACAAUGAGAUCUCCAUAAUGCAGAGUGUUGGAGAUCUGAAAGAAAAAAUUAAUGAAAAAUGCAAAAUCCCGCUGGAACAACAAGUGCUGCUCAUUAAUGGCGGUGAAGCUUUGGACACACAUAAAAAUCUCUGCUCGUAUAUGGCCGGUACCGACACUAAUCCCAUUUAUUUGUUCUCCACAAAUUAUGACAUUUCAAAAUUAGAUACGUUGAAAAGUCUUAACUAUGACGAUACUGAUUUAAAAGAGAGACUGUUAGACUGCUUAUCUCUACCUGUAUCAUUGUCCACUGUAAGAAGCAGAACUCUUGUCGCUCAAGAUUUUUUUAGUGUAGCUAAGGAACAAUUGGAAUUUUGCGAGAGUAUGGUGCAUGAUCAGCAUUUACAACAGCAAGGUUGGUCAGCAGUUAUAGCUAAUUUAGAAGAUAUAGUUACCGAAUUUAGGAAAAGAUGGGAGCUAUUCCUAAAAAUGUAUGAGGACUUUAUUGCAGAUCGGGAUGCUUAUGAUAAUUUUCUGUUAAGUUUUGCUGAAGACAAGAAGACUUUACAAAGAAUACCUGUAUUAGAUGCUUUAUUAGACUCCCAAAAAGAACUUCUAGAAGGUUCUAGAUUUUCAGAAAACGCAACUAGCACGUCAGAAACUGAGGCUAGUAAAGAUAUUAGUUUAUAUGAAUGGAUCUCAUCGGUGGACAGGAAAAAUUCUCUAGACGAACUUUAUGAACUCUGCAAAUCCAAUUUGAAUAAAUUCGAAAAAGGAAUCAUGCCAUCACUAGAACAACAAAUUUUUGAUACGUUACAAACCGCAGAAAAACCUGAACGUAAAGAAAUCGAGGGUUUAGGGAAACGAUUGUUCGACUUGCAGGAACUAAUAAGAAAAAUCAAGAAAUAUGUUGAACACCAAUCUGAUAUGGCGCAGAGUUUUUUACAGAACCAGAACAGUGCAUCCCAUAUGAAAGACACAUCUAUUCUGCCAGAUUUGUGUGAGACGCAUAUGAAACAGUUAGAGUUGAUCAAGAUAUGUCAUCAGAAGCUUAUGGAUGACAGAAAUCGGAUUGUUAGGGCCAAAUAUGAACUUAGUAAAAGUCUAUGCGCUAGAAUUGGUUGGGUUCAAAACGUUGAAGACAAACUAUGGGAACUAGACUCAUUAUUAGUGUACUUCCACGAGCAUUUGCAAAGAUUACGAAAGCACCUGGAAGUCUUUCAACAACUUCACUUAGCUCCAAGUACUUACAUGAACGCAGUUGUGGAAGUAGUAAGGAGACGCUCAUUUUCUCAAACAUUUUUACUAUGGGCCUCUGAUCUUGCUUGUCAACAAAUGACCAUUCACAAUGAAGAACUGACUCGUAGGAAAGAGUUUGGCUCCCAAUUUGAUGGGCAUUUUCUGAAUGCCUUGUUUCCUGGCAUGGGCGAUGUCCCACCUGCGUUUGCCAUUGAAGCACCAUCUGUGUUUGAUGCAAAAUUGCCUAACAUAAGCGAGGAGGAUAUCGAGAAACUUAAAAAACUCGUGCCGGAUUUUGCUGAAAAUUUGACGGUGCCGGAUAUGAAUCACAUAAUUAGUUUUUUUAUGGGGAAAAUUUCUGCUACGAAAGGAAAGGAGGAUAAGGUUGAUGACGCAAAAGGUGUUGAAGAUAAACUAAUACAAGCUGUAUCCGAUGUUGGAUUAGCUAGUUACCUAGACAAAAAUUUAUUAAAGGCCACUGGUGGUAGUGAACCCUGUUUAGUAUCAGCUCCUGGGCUACAACAUUGCAAAGAUGAUAGAGGCUGUGAGUCCGAAACCGACACUGAAGAGUUUGAAAAAGUUGGCCAAAGCCCACUGGAACUAAUUUUUCCUAAAAUUGCUGAAAAACAAGAUGCAUCUACUAGUACGGAGAUAAGAAAUCAAGUUUUACCCCCUAAAAAACCUCCUCGUUCCUUUCGCGCGACCCAAUCCUUUGAAUCAGACCCGAUGCAGAGAACGUUGAGCAUCAGUACCAACGAAAGUUUCACAAAUAUUAAAAAUAUAUCUCUGGAUUCCAUUGACGAGCUCUCAAGCAUUAAAAACUUCAGCAGCACUACCGAUAGCUGCUUCAAUUCCCAUUGUAAUCAGAGCAACUUAAAGGACCAAACAAGCAUCAGUAAUAGUUCUUUGCAUUUAUCUGAUAUAACCAGUUUGUCUUCAAAUAUUACAUCUCAUUAUAAUAAUAAAACUUCCAAUCUGAUGCUCAGUCGCUCGAAAUCCGUUUCGCCCCAAAGUCCUAGAGAUGGUGACGAUUAUUCGCCCCAACAAACCUGUUCCAACCAACCUGACUUAUUUGCCACUGAUGAGUACUAUAUUGACGAAAGCCUACCAUCUAGUGUUGGUACUGGAAACAGCCAGGGAUCGGAGUUUGUUAGGCAACUGGAUACUGCUAAUAUCGUGGUUGCUAUGCUUCAGGAUAAUCUUCAAAUAUCACGUUCAGAACAUGAAAAACUAAAAAACUCGUUCCUAAGUUUGAGCAUUAUCGCUAAACAAGUAACGAAAAACUUGCGCACCGAAUUAAAUGAAUUUAAAUCUCAAUUUGUCCACGACUCCCAGUUACUCUGCAAACAUUACGAGGAUUUUGGUAGUUCGUGGAACUCUUUAAUAUUAGAAACAAAUAGGAAUGAGAAGGAAAUAGUGGAAAGUAUGCAGAGGCAAAAUAAUGAUGACAAGGAACAGUAUCGUUACAAUUUAUUGGAGAAAGAAGAUUUUAUUAGGAGACUGGAAGAAGAUAAAAGAGCAGUGGAAGACCGAUUAUUGAACACCUUUAAGCAAAAAGAUGUAUUAGAAGAGCGAUUAAGUGAAAGCGCUAAUAAAGUAGAUGAACUUUUGAGGCAACUACAAGAAAAUUAUGAAGAUAAAGAAAAAUGUCUCAAGGAGUUGACAGAAAACUUGAGGAUGGAACAUCGAGCUGAGUUAGAUAACAUUAAAUCCCGGUUAAUGACAAUGGAACGUAGUCCUUCCUUGACUUCAUUAGAACGUGAAAAAUCAGGGGAUUUUUCUAGCUUACCAGGUCACACAACUUUACUGGUACAAAUGACGGAAAAUUUCGAAUUAGACAAAGAAAAAGCCGUUGCAGAAGAAAGACAACGUUGGGAAACAAUUUUAGAAGAAAAAACAAACGAACUACAACAAAAGUAUCAAGAAGAUAAAGAAAUUUACGGUCAAGAUAUUGCCAAGCGAGUGUCUGAAGAUAAGGACAAACAAAUUGACAUACUUAGAGAGCGGGAAAAAAAUCUAAAUUUAGAAAUAAUAAAGCACAAAACUACCAUACAACAAUUGGCCGAGUACCAACAAGACAAAAUGGAAUCCGAAUUAUAUGAACAAAUUGAGGCCCUGAAACAGGAAAACAAGAAUCUACAGGAGCAGUUGGUGCAACUUCGGGAACGCCAGGAAAGUGUGGAGUUUUUAAGCAAACCUGACUUGACAAGUCCCAGUGAAAGCCUUGAAAUGACCAAAAGUGAUACAGUAUCAGCAAGACUACCCAAUUUGAAUAUUGACAGUUGCAAAAUAGGUGAUAUUGUGCUAGUUAUUUGGGACCAAUACCAUAAGAAUUUUAAGAUUUUACAAGAAUCAAAGCAUGCAUAUUUUUUGCACUCAGAGUGUUUAGAUAAAUUAGGGUUGAGCUUGUCGGAUGGUAAACCUAAUAAAUUACAUUGUACUGGGGAAGUUUUAGCUAAGGAAUUGUGUCAAACUCAAAAGGUAUUUAUUUAG